UUCGCGAAGGGGGCAAGGCGGCCGCCCUUGAAUGCCUCUUCGACCGCGCAUGGACGACCAUCUCAACCUCCUGCAAUCACCCCCGCCGAGCGCAACCAAAACCCGGGGCGAUAACCCAGUGAACCACGGAUACAGCGAGACUGAGGCCGACGUGAUGACUGUGGUGGCGUGUGACAACAUGCUCGAGGAGUCGGCGGCUCUCCCGAGCCACCACUCUCUGGACCGAUAUGAACUGGAUCACGAAUGCUGCGAGAGGGUCGUCAUCAACAUCUCAGGGUUACGCUUCGAGACGCAACUGAAGACUCUCUCACAGUUUCCAGAGACUCUGCUGGGGGACCCGAAGAAGAGGAUGAGGUACUUUGAUCCUCUCAGGAACGAGUACUUUUUCGAUCGAAACAGACCCAGCUUCGAUGCCAUUCUGUAUUACUACCAGUCUGGCGGGCGCAUCAGAAGACCCGUUAAUGUGCCCAUUGACAUUUUCUCUGAGGAGAUCCGUUUCUAUGAGUUGGGUGAGGAGGCUAUGGAGAAAUUCAGGGAGGAUGAGGGCUUCAUAAAGGAGGAGGAGAGGCCGUUGCCAGAUAAUGAAUUUCAAAGACAGGUGUGGCUGCUCUUUGAAUACCCAGAGAGCUCGGUUCCCGCACGGUGCAUCGCGAUAGUGUCUGUCCUGGUCAUUCUCAUCUCCAUUGUCAUCUUCUGCGUGGAGACAUUGCCGGAGUUCAGGGACGAUAACAGGGAUCCGAUAACCAUUGCACCUGUGAUUAAUGGCACACUCUCCUACUUCGCCAGCCCUUUCUCUGACCCGUUCUUUGUUGUGGAGACGGUGUGUAUCAUCUGGUUCUCCUUCGAGCUGCUGGUGCGCUUUUUUGCUUGUCCUAGUAAAGCCACGUUCUCCAAAGACAUUAUGAACAUUAUUGACAUUGUGGCCAUCAUCCCGUAUUUCAUCACUCUGGGCACAGAGCUGGCCGAGAGGCAAGGGAACGGACAGCAGGCCAUGUCAUUAGCCAUUCUGCGCGUAAUCAGGCUUGUUCGGGUUUUUCGCAUCUUCAAACUCUCGCGUCAUUCCAAAGGGCUCCAAAUUUUAGGACAGACUCUGAAGGCUAGUAUGCGUGAGCUGGGCUUGCUUAUCUUCUUCUUGUGCAUCGGUGUUAUCCUCUUCUCAAGUGCAGUCUUCUUUGCUGAGGCAGAUGACCCAGAUUCGGGUUUCAGCAGCAUCCCGGACGCAUUCUGGUGGGCUGUUGUCACCAUGACCACUGUUGGAUAUGGGGACAUGCACCCCGUGACAAUCGGGGGAAAGAUUGUGGGUUCCCUGUGCGCCAUCGCUGGUGUGCUGACCAUUGCCCUGCCUGUACCUGUCAUCGUCUCCAAUUUCAACUACUUCUACCACAGAGAGACGGAGGGAGAGGAGCAGGCACAGUACCUGCACGUGGGCAGCUGUCAGCCUCUAGCUGACACGGAGGAGCUGAGGAAGACAAGCUCUUCUUCUUCGCUUAGUAAGAGCGAGUAUAUGGUGAUAGAGGAGCACGGUAUCAACAGCGCGUUCAAGCAGCCGCCCAACUUCCUCACUACAACGCAAAAUAACUCGCAGAAUUGUGUGAAUAUAAACAAAACGGUUUUCACUAACGUGUAGCCAAAUAUAGAGCCAUGGCCCUGAACACAGGAAGGGGUGGUGUGUAAACACAGCUGCUUCUGUCGCUGCGCACCACAGAGUGGAAGCUGCGCUAUGAACAAAGAAAGAUAGAGCAAUCUCCUCCGAGACGCUGCUUUGUGCUCCAUUAAAAGAAUCAGGAUCUUCCAUCUCGGUGAUUUGAAUUCCUAAUUCUUUUUUUCCUUUCGCACUCGGAGAGAAAUAGCUCCUAAAGUAUUACUAUUCUCUGAGUUAGGGAAUUUACCUCGUGUGCAUUGAUAGCCAAUACUGUAUCCCAACAUAGAAGCUCUAUAACUGUGAAAGACAACUCACAUUGUAUUAGCAUUGAAAAAUGUGUGUUUAAACACAUGUAUUGUCUGAAAACACAGUUCUGCAUAUGUUAUCUCAAGUAGACUGUUCUGUGAUAUGCCUUUAUUGUGUGUUAAAGUAUAGUCCAAAUGCAUGAUCCCCUUUAAUUCCGUGAUAUGAAGUGUCCAAUUAAGCGAUUCAAUGCGUAAACGGCACCAUAUAAACAAAGGAGCACGCCGACUGUCAGUGUCUCAUCCUCGGUGCUAGACUGACGUCAGAGCGGAGAAACACAGCCCUCUUUCUCGCACACACACAUCGAUCAAAGAUGGAGCUUUCACUUUUGGAUGCCUCAACUAUGCAGUCGCCAUGACUACGGUGGUUUCCGCGGUAAACCCAGUCACCGUUGCCAUGACUCGAUUCUUUCCACGGUAAUCUUCCGGGUGGCUUGGAAGCUUAUUUGGGCAUUCUCGUCUAAAGAGCGUGACCUCGGUCUCUAACCAGACUGUCCUGUCAUCACGUGUUGCCUGCGUAAACGUCAUGACCAAACAGGCCCUGCGCCACUAUGCACAAGCACCAAGCUCAUUCCGUGACUUUAGCAUUGACACAGAGACACAUUGAAGUGAAGCAGGCACAACUCAGAGAUGAUACGCCGGGAAAGGGGGAAGGAGAGGCAGCGCGUGAGGAAUUAUGAAUGGACUGGGAGCGCGUUGCGCCUGGCUGUCCUCGGUGCACUACUGCGGGCGCUCAGCAGAGGCUGCUGUUCUCCCACUGCUGAAACUGGUGGAGGUCAUUCCAUGUGUCUGCACAGACCUUCUGGAAACCCCAACGACCCAAUUAUACUGCCUCAAAUUUAGGUGAAGACUACAUUUG